UUAUUACUCAAAUAUUUGAUGUUUCCACUUUGAAAUAGAAACAUAUUUUAAAAUUUUGUCCAAACAAUAAUUAUCAAUAAUAAUUAUUUAUAAGAAAACCUUUUGAAGCGUAACAUUUACAUUCCAGGGACUUAGUGUCGGCUGCAACAAAGACUAAAACUUAUUCGUCAAGGAUAAAUAAAAUAAUUAACUAUUUUAUGAAGCUCUUGCCAUGGAGGUACUUUAUCAUCAGACCAGUCAAUUAAUACAAGAAACUACUGAUUUAUUUCAUAAACUUGAUAAUGAUACUAAUCCAGAAAAAAUUGAAAAUGAUAUUCAAUUAAGGAUAAACCAGAUUAAUGGGAAUUGUGAGAAACUAGAUAUCAUGGUGUUUAAAACACCUAUCAAUCAAAGACCUAUGGCAAAGAUGAGGGUGGACCAACUUAAAUAUGACAAUAAACAUAUACAGGCGUCACUAAUAAAUGCUCAAAAUAAAAGACGAAGGCGGGAACAAGAAAGGACAGAAAGGGACCAGUUGCUAAGCAGACGUUUUGGGAAUGAUCACAUGGCUAUCACUGUGGAUUAUAUGGCACAGGAAAAUUCAUCAUUGCAGAACUCACAUAGGAAUGUUGAUGAAAUGUUACAUACAGGAUCAAAUAUUCUGGAGACGCUUCGCUACAACCGCGAGACAUUAAAGGGUGCCCACCGCAGGCUUAUAGACUUGGCUAACACAUUAGGGCUAUCCAAUGCAACAAUCUCCCUUAUAGAGAGGAGGGUCUCUCAAGACAAAUACGUGCUUUAUGGUGGAAUGUUUGUAACGUUAUCUGUGAUUGUCCUCGUUAUUAUAUAUCUAACAUAGAUAAUAUAUUGUACCUAUUCGCUUGUAAGACAUUUAUUUUUUAAGAAUAUUUAUCGUUGCUACGUUGUAUUGUUUAUGUGUAUAAAAGGAAUUAUAAUUAAAUAGAUUAUACCUAC